AUCGGUCUGCCCACCUUAUACCUCCCUAUCCACAACGCCUCGCUAGCAACUCUCCUCCACACAUACCUUCCCGAUGGUCCUCACGCUCUACGGUUCCCCGAUGUCGACGUGCACGCGCCGCGUUGGGAUUGUGCUGAUGGAGAAGAAGAUCCCGUUCAAGUUCGUGCCCAUCGACCUCGCGAAGGCCGAGCACAAGAAGCCCGAGUUCGUCGAGAAACAGCCGUUCGGGCAGGUCCCGUACAUCGUCGACGACGACGGCUUCACGCUGUUCGAGAGCCGCGCAAUCGCCCGCUACCUGAACGACAAGUACCCAGAGCAGGGCAUCAACCUCGUCCCGACGGGGCUGAAGGAGAAGGCGCUCUUUGAGCAGGCUGUGUCUAUCGAGGGCAGCAACUUUGACCGCUAUGCGAGCAGCGCGGUCGCGGAGAAGAUCUUCAAGCCGAUGAAGGGUCUCGGCGGCAGCGACGAGCUCGCGAAGACCGAGCUGGAGGUGCUCGACAAGAAGCUCGACGCGUACGACGUUAUCCUAGGCAGGCAAAAGUACCUCGCCGGUGACAAGCUGACGCUUGCCGACCUGUUCCACAUCCCAUACGGCUCGAUGCUGGCGAAGAUCGGGUACAACGGGCUGGAGAAGAAGCCGAACGUGGCGCGCUGGUGGAAGGACAUUUCGUCGCGCGAGUCGUGGCAGGCGGUCAAGGAUGGUGUGAAGGGCACCGCGUAGGUGAUGAAGGACGAAGGAAAGGACUGUAGAAUCUUGUAUAACUAAAAGGACUAUGCAGUAGCAAAUCAAGUGCAAAUGGCUCGUUCUCUUGCCAAAUUACCAGACUCGCUCGGGAUUUGCCGAGCGCACUUACAAAACUUGAUUUCUUUCCCUGCACGUCGACGUCGCC